AUGCCUUCAACAGACAGCCUGCUGCAGCUCCGGUCAAAUGCACCCGGCUUACCUGGGCCAUAUCUCCAAGAAAACUUGGCCCCGUACGAACUGCUCGACGCAAUGGGGAAAGCGAGGCCUCGGUCCAUUCUCGCGAUCGGUGGUCGGGUAAAGAGUCAAUACCUAGCCCGGGAAUUUUCUACCACACUCGACCAUCACGAAACACCGUCGGUAGCUCUUACCUCCCUCGAUCACAAGACGAUAUGGCUAGAUUGCGAGCUUCAUUCUCAUCAGAUGCCCCGAAUUAAAGCCAAAUCUUCCAUUGCAGGAUAUUCUCGUCUCCAUUUUCUCAAUUCCACCGCCGCUCGAGUGGCCAAGAUUGCCUACCCUAUAUACACCGACGUGUUGGCAUUAUUCAGCGACAUCACAACUCUCUCCUGUAAAAAUCUUUUCUUGGCAGCCACUGUUAGUGCGUUGCUAAGGUGCGGGGUUUGCACAGGCCACUUUUACUUGCAACAGCCUUUAGCGCCCAUCUGGGCACUAACAGGCACACAAUCUGAGGAAUUAAGAGAGUUGGCCUCACCUUGUGUUGCUCGUGCCAGGCCCAAGAUGGCUUCAGAACCAAGCUAUUAA